AUGACUGUAAUCUAUUUUACUUUCCCCGACUUCUUUCAGGCUCGGAGAUCAAAUUACGCUGAAGUACGUGAUGUGUCGCGAAUUCGGCAAGUAGAAGGGAGGCACACGUGUACGAAUAAACAUGUAUUUUGUAGCAAUGCUUUUGAUGAUCCUGCCAAGGAUUGUUCGCAUGCAUUUGACUCUAUCCGACCAAUGUAUUUGCCCGAGCACUUACCUUACGACAAAUGGGCGACCACUGAACAAGUGGAAUCGUUGAACCUUGGAAGAGGUCAAACAAGAAGCCCUGCUUUAUCGAAUUAG